UACGUUUUCUUCUUAGGGUAUGUAAGCCACUCAUGGCCAAGACGAACUGAAGAGGAAGGGAGAAAAAAAAACCUUUUUCUAAUUUAUUGCGGGCAAGAAAAGAAAAGGAAAAUUGGCCCCUUUUAUUUUGGAUUUUAUUUUAGAGAGGUGCGGGAGGAAGGAAGGAUUUAUUUCAGGAUUUGCAUUUGUAGCAGCAGCAGCAGCAGGAGGAAGGGAUCGAGAGAGGGAGAGGGAGAGGGAGAUGGUGGAUUGAGGAGAAGGAAGCCGCCGCCGCCGCCACCGGAAUCCCUAGGGUUCCGCUCUCUCUUUCUCCUUCCUUCCUUAGGGUUUCUUCCUUCCUUAGGGUUUCCCGGCUCUAGGGCUGGGGCUGGGGAACUCCCCGCUUGGGAAUGGCUCCCGCCGCUAGGCGGGGCGCCAAGGCCCACAAGUGGACCAGACCGCCGCUCCUCGGCGAGCUCGUCCUCGCCAAGGUCAAGGGCUACCCCCCAUGGCCGGCCAAGGUCAGCAGGCCGGAGGACUGGGACCAGACGCCGGUUCCGCGCAAGGUCUUUGUUGUCUUCUUCGGUACCAGAGAGAUCGCCCACAUUGCUUUGCCAGAUCUUCAGCCAUUUACUGAUAACGCAAAGAGUGAGGUGAUGGAUCGAGCUCGGAACAAGCAGUGUCCAAAAAAGUAUAUCGAAAGUUUUGCUGAAGCUGUGGUUGAGAUCUGCAAGGCCUAUGAUGAUCUGCCAAAAUCGUCUGAAACUAUGAGCUGUAUGUUGCCUGAUCACACUCUUGAUCAAAGUGAAAAACCUACAGAACACCUUGUAAAGUCACCCAAUAAUGACGAGACUCCAAAAUCGGGGCAAAUGAAAGGUGAUAGUCAUAGUGACAACUUGAAUACUUCAGUGUUAGGUUCAGGGACUGAGGUGGACAUAAAAGACAGUUCUCAUGACAGAAGGGAUUCUUCUCUGGCAGCUGUUAAAAUGAAAAGGCCUAAGGAUCUCGAUCAUCCCAAGAAAAAGAGACCUAUGCACCUUGAACAAGACUGUUCAGCAACAUCCGUCCAUGCAGAAAGAGAGCCUAAGGAACCAAAAGCUGAAAACGAGAUCAAUCUAUCAGAAUUUUUAACGUUGGACCCUAAUGUACAGAUAGUUUGUGCCCUUGAAGUACCCCGGAAAUCUAAAGACAUUAAACAGUCAAAGAAUGCUGAAAGAAAGGACAGCAAACAUGUUAAUGCCUCAGGUAUUUCAGGGAGGAUUACACCAGGAGCUGAACUUGACGCCAAACCUAAAAGGAGUGCUGAAAAGGAAAUCAAGGGAUUUAAAAAGUCUAAAUUGAUGAUGAAACAACCAAUUUCCAAUGAAUCAGAGAAAAUAGACCAUAAACGACUAAUGCUCGACAAAUCUGACAAGCAGUUGGCCAGGAAAUCAUCUUCAGUCUUCUCUUCCAAUAAGAAACCUCUCCCUGGUAGCACUGAUAUGCGUCCAGCAAAGAGGCCAAAAUUGAUGGACAAGGCCAACGAGACAGUUAAAGCAGAAGAAAAGAGCGAGACCAGCUUACAUGUUGAUAAUGAAAAAGAUAAUGCCUUGAAAAUCGAAAAAUAUAUUCCUGUGGAAACUGCAAGUAACUCGGUUCCUAAGAUAGGAAUGGGCGAUGAUAAGACACGAAGGUCAGGUAGUCUUCUACCACCCCAAGCAAGGCUGCAUUCCCAGGGAUCAGAACCAGCAUCUGGUUCUUCAACUCAGUUAAGCGUUGUUGAUACUGCUAAAAAAGGCUCCAGCUUGAAGGAGGAUUUCUCGCGUGUUGGUAAGCCAUUGGGAAAACCCAGGAGAAGAGCUUGUCGCUUUGAUGAUGAGGAGGAGGAAGAACAACGGACACCGCCUCAUAAAUCUUCUGUCAAAUCCAUCUCAAUGCGUGUAGUCCCCACAGACAAGUUCCAAUCACAGACAGGGAUUCAGGGGGUUUCUUCAUCCCAAAUUGGCAAUGCUUCUGCAACGAAAUUUGGUGUGGCAAGAGAAGAGAAACCUAAAAGCAUUGGGAGGUCACCUGUGGAGCACGAGUCAGAUACUUCACCAAAUCAAGACAAAAUGCAUGGUAGACAACAAAUAAUGGGGAGAAGGUCAACCACAAGCUUGGUUGACACUUCUACUAGUCUGGUUAACAAAACUAACCUUGCAGAUCGCAAAUCCUCUGGGCAAUUAAGAAUGCCGGCAUCAUCUGAAGUGAAGAAAACACAAGGAAGUUCUUCUAAACUAUCGCACCAGACACCAGGGAAUUUGUAUUCUCAAAACAUUGAUGACUCAGAAAAGAAUAUGGUGUUGUCUAAAUCGGAAAACACUAAGGCUAAAACUAAAUCUGGCACACAGACGACUGCAACUGUAGAGAGUCGGAUAAGUGCCGUUAUGCCAGCUGACCGGAUUGGGAAGAUGGACCAAUCCAAAGACCAAAGGUCAAAUUUUGUUGAUAAAGCUGCUUUUUCUGAACCUAAUUCUGAUCCUAUAAAGUCAAUGAAGCAUCUCAUUGCAGCUGCUCAAGCAAGAAGGAAUCUUAUUGCAGCUGCUCAAGGAAAGUCUGAUGGGUUAUCUGCUGAUAAUACUGUUCUUUCCUCCGCACCAUAUGGCUUGCCUGGACUAAGCCCUAGUCCUGUCUUUCGCAUUCCAUCUGCAUCUAUAAUUAUUCCAGAAAGUGACGCGAAGGAGUUUCCUGACUCCUUUUCUGCUAUGACUGAACCUGGUCAGCAAGUUGGUAUGAAAAGCCUACUGGAAAUUGGGCAUGAACAUGGAAAGAGCCCCAAACCUAGGCAGCUUAAUGAUUCAUUGAGUGUUGGAACAGAUGCAGUGAUUGCACGUGAUGCCCUAGAGGGUAUGAUAGAGACGCUUUCGAGGACAAAGGAUAGUAUUGGGCGGGCUACACGUCAUGCAAUAGAGUGCUCAAAAUAUGGCAUUGCUGCUGAGAUUGUUGAGCUUCUCAUGCUGAAAUUAGAGAGCGAGCCUAAUUUGCAUAGGAGAGUUGACCUCCUUUUUCUGAUAGACUCCAUAACACAGUGUUCUCACACUCAGAAAGGUGUUGCUGGGGCUUCAUAUGUUCCCACUGUUCAAGCUGCAUUACCUCGUCUCUUGGGUGCUGCUGCUCCACCAGGAGCUGGUGCUCGUGAAAAUCGACGACAGUGCCUCAAAGUUUUACGUUUAUGGCUUGAGAGAAAGAUUAUGCCAGAAGAUGUACUUCGAAGAUACAUGGAUGAUAUUGAGGUGCCAAAUGAUGAUGCUAACACAGGCUUUCUGCUGAGGCGACCAUCUCGAGCUGAACGCUCUGUAGAUGAUCCUAUUAGGGAGAUGGAAGGCAUGCUUGUUGACGAGUAUGGAAGCAAUGCAAACUUUGAGCUCUCUGGGAUUCUAUCAUCCAAUGUCUUUGAAAAUGAUGAUGAUUUCCCUGGAUCAUCACCAGCUAUUGCUAUUUCAUUGCCAGUUGAAAGUGGCAGAAAGCAAGAAAAUGAACAAGCUAUUGCACCAAAUUUUGUUGAGGAAAACAUUAGGUUACCUAAAGAUGUGACUGGUGAUGUUCUAAUGGAAGAUACCUCUGUUUUACCAAGAGACAAGCAACAGACAGAUGGAGCUAUCUCCAUUGUGCAUGAAAUGGAUAGAGAGCAUGCGUUGGCUGAUCAGAAUGAGCUUCCUCCUCUACCUGAUGGACCUCCACCAUUUUCAUUAGAUGCACCACCUCCCCCACCUCUGCCUGAGGGACCCCCACCGCUUCCAUCAGAUUCACCACCGUGCCUUCCUCCUUUGCCUCCUUCACCACCACCUGCUACACCGCCACCGCCGCCACCACUUUCACCAUCUUUGCCACCUCCGCUACCACCUCCACCUCUACCAUCUGGCCCACCUCCUCAGCCUGCCCCACCACCCCUGCCAAUCCAGCCACCACCUAUUCCUUCAAUUCCCCCACCUGUUUCAUCAUCUCCAUCAUCAUUGGGCUACCAGCCUCCUGCACCGGAAUAUUUCAGGGCUUCAAAUGGCAACCAACUAAACCAGAUGGGAGGGAAUGCAUCAAUUCAAGGAAUUGGAAAUAUGCCAAACUUCAUUCCCGGUGGAUCAGGGAACACACAAGCUGCAGUUAAUUUUACCCCAUCAGUGCCAGCAGAUUAUGGGAAUAACAAUCUAUAUAUGACACCGCAAGGUUCUAAUGGUAAUUUUCAGUUUCGACCAACUGGUGUAUCUUUUCAGCAAGGAACAUUCAAUGCCUUUCCUUCUGCGCAAACACCACCAGUUCAUUCCCACACUCAUCUCACACAAAUGAACCCUGUGGGUCAACAAGCUGUGCCUCCAUGCAAUCCUUAUGCUGUACAGUCCUUCCCAAAUAGUCAAAGCCAGUAUGCAUCUGGUAACUUCAGUCCAGAUGAUCAGCGUAGUACUUGGUUACCAGGUGCUAGACCAUUAUCUUGCUCAGAGGGGUCGUUCAUGCAGGAUGGAUAUCCAAGGUCUAACAUUGACAGAUCUUCAAUGAAUCCUAUGACUCAUCAACGUCCUGUACUCAACCGUAUGCCAUCUGGAGCACCUGUACCAGGACAUGUUGUUCCUCAGAUGCUGCCAGCUAGACCUGAUAUUCAUACAUUUAAUUGCUGGAGGCCUUCCUAAUUAAAUUGCUCAACUGAACUCCUUGCUUGCGGCUUUCACAUGGGAAAUUGGGAUUGCCAGAAGCCAUUUCAAUUCAACUUGCAACAAGAGGUGCUUAUGUUAGUCUGUUUUGUGAUGAAGAUGCACUUUUGCUUAUGGAGGAAUUAUGAGAUCUUACAUAGUAUUUGAAAUGGACGUUUUACAUUGUAAUUAGUCUUGGCAACAGCAUCCAGCAGACUAAUCUUAGUGUAAGCACAUGUUUUACAUGAAACAAAGUCGUCUCUGUUCGUGUUGCUAUGGUGUGUUUUUUUAAGGACUGCAAACUGUGUUUGUUGUAUCAUGCUCAGAAGGUGUUAGUAAUAACCAGUGAGUCCGUUAGUGAAAUAUAAAGAGUUACUCAUACCAGCGUAGUCCAUCUAUGGUAUUUUCUGCAGUUUUACUUGGAGUGUCGUGUCCACUGUGAAUCAUGACUAAGUUUCAACUUGAUAGACAUAUCUAACCUCACAACUAAAAGCUCAAGCACCCUGUUCUUGCCUCUUAUUGAGUGGUUCCUUGGUUUUUUUUUUCUUUUUGGAAUGAAUUUCAGUUUGGAGCCUUUUGUCUUUAGCAAAGCUUCAUUUCUGACACCCUUUAAAACCUAUAGUUUCACUACCCUCCCUCUCUUUUCUUUGCAUGUUUGUUUCUCUUUGGACCCUUUUCCUCAACGUUAUUGCCAUCUCUGCGUGGGCGGCGGUGGAAGCGUGGCUAGGGAGGAGAUUACGACGGCACCCUGACCUAACCUUGAGGAAAAGAGCGAAAUAGGUCCAAAGUGAAACCCAAAGGUCUGAACAAUUUAUGUUACUCAAAGGUAAGAGUUUCAUCGGGCUUUUUUGGCAUGUCCAUUGGUCACUCUGAUGAAGUCGAGGGGAGCUUCUGUGGCAGGUCCAAUGCUUGGAUUGAAGAGUCAAAUGUAGAUUUGUACAAAGAAAGAGGGUAACUCCAUGUACAGUUGAUAACAUUAUUAUGCGUUGCCGUCCCUUGGCACAAGCCAGCGAUGAUAGAUAGGAAUUUUGAACCCUUUUUUGGGUUGGAUAACUGCAAGAAUGCUGACAAGUUAGGAGAUGCAAUGAUGGAAUUUUUGGUA